AUGACUCAAGUUGCGGAGAAACUGGCUGAAAAGACGAACGUGGUUAAGGUAGUCGGCUUGUUCAAAAGGAAGCCAGGUCUCUCGAUGGAUGAAUUUAAGGACUACUACGAAAAUCACCAUAUCAAGCUCUUCGAGGAGCACGUAUCUCAUCCUGGUGUCCUACGCUACGCUCGUCGAUAUUUGGAGCCUUUCGCGGGCCUAGCAUCACCAUUAGCUACCCCAAAGAGCGGCGGCUACGAUGUCAUAAUGGAGGUGUGGUACUCUGACAAGGAACUGUUUGACUCCUUUAAGGGGCAAUCUAAUCCGGAUUUCAGCGAGAUUGUGAAGAAAGACGAGGAGUAUUUGUUCGAUCGCGGCUCGAUGGUUAUGUUUCUUUCUGAAGAUCAUGAAAGUAAAGAUGGAGUAUGGGUGGUCUGA